GCUAAACCCUUGCGGUGGUCACGUGGGGAUUUUCGAGAGACUUUUGUCGCAUAAAGAGUGAAACCAUGCCUUAAAAUAAGGAAAAAAUAACUACUGUGGCACCGAAACAGCGAUGGCACUUGAUAUACGUGUCGAAGGGUAAGAUGGCAGUCGUUUGAUGUCACGACGGCGCAGUCAGCAGGGGGCGUGAAGCACCCAUGAAGUGUGGGCGUGGGCGCGGGGCGACAGGCGGGCGUAGAGAGGCCGUCACGGUGAGCCAGCGGGGAAAGCCGUCGAGAGGCGGAGAAAGAAAGAAAGAAAAAGAGAAAGAGAAAGAAAACAGUCUUAAGAAUGGGAGAGGCCACGAAGUGUGAAAUUUAGUGUGGCAAAUCUCGCGAAGUUCUUCAGAGAUUUGGAAGGAGCGCGAGAGAGAGAAAAUAGAAGUUUUGUUCUUGCGGCGAGAGAAAGAUAAAAAAAGAGAAAGAGGGAAACUCUUCCCGCUCCUCCGUCACUCGUUUUCACCGCCUCGGCCACUCCUUCGGGAUGUUGUCGGACCUCCUUAAGCUGGUGAUCCGAGGGGAGAGGCCCGAGGGCAAGGUGGAGGUGGGCGGGUCGCAGCUGCAGCGCUUCCACCUCCCGCACGCCAAGCUCCACCACCAGCACUCCGACCACAACUCCCUCAGGCACAAAUCCAAGAAGUUCGGCAGGAGCUCCAUACAGGCCGCCCUCUCGUCCUCGUCCUCCGCCUCCUCCACCUCCUCCUGGGGGACCCGCAAGUCCUCCUCCGCCUCCUCCUCCAAAUCCUCCGCCUCCCCCUUUUCCCCCUACCGCCGCCGCUCGGACUCGAAGCCCUCUAAGUCCUCGAGGAAGGGCGGCAAUGACUCGAGGAAGAAGGACUCGAAGGACAGCCGAGGGAGCGGCAAGGGAAGGCCCGACAACAGGAAGGGCGCAGGAAGUCACCUCGAACAGGACUUCGAGGAGGACGUCAAGGACUCGUUUGGCGCCGUCUCUCACCAUUCGUCCAAAGUGUCGCUUCUUGAGGGUCGCCACCAGGUCGUAGUUCCGCCGGCGCGCCACGAGUCUCCCGGACGCGCCGCCAGGAAAAGUUUUCUAAGCGACGCGAUCAUUGACGGACGUCUGGCAGGGCUGCUGUCCGGCGGCGAAGAUCACGAGCCCGUGGCCGGCGCCGCCCCCCUCAGCCACCAGGCCGCCUUCCACAAGAUCUCCAUCAGACCAAAGAGGACCCACGGCGCGCCCCGCAUGAGGAGGUCCACGCAGAUUGGUGGACAGAGGAGUCUUCCCACAACACCAGAAGUGAAUGAGGAUGCCAGUACAAAAUCUGGGACUCCCUCGAAGGUUCCUACAUCUGUGUCUCCAUCAACUCCUACAGAGUUAACUUCUCAUAUUGCUUAUGAUGAAGAUAGCAGCCCCUCUCAUGAGCAGCACAUCAGCAUUGAGCGACGGGAUUCAGAAAAGAAGGAUAAAGAGGAGAAGAAAGAUGAGCCUCUACUUCAGCGCCUCUUUGGUAGUGUGCGCUCGGGACGACGACGAUCACGUGGCAAUGGCGAUGACAGCCGCGAAAACAGUGUCAGUCCUCUCCGGAGAGGAGGAGACCAACGAGCCUCAAGGGAGAAAAGGCGAGACUCUUCUGGCUCAAGGUUCUCUAUGCUGGGGCGAGCUUCCACAAAGGCACACAAUGAUUCUCAUCCUCUGCCUCCUUCUGGUCGAGCAAGAGAUCCUAGUCGGGAGAGACCUUAUAAAGAGUCAUCAUCUUCGCCACCACAGACUCCACGCUCGUCAAGUGUAGAAGGACGGCUAGAGAGCACCGGUCCUGGUCAGCAGUCUGCUUUCCAAAUUUCGUCUUACGAAGAUCGUCCCUCGAGGCCUUUCAGUGGGGUGAGGAAAGUGAAAAGCUUCAGAGAAGUUGCAGGACAGCCAGAGACACAAAGAGAACCAAUACAUCGCAAAGUUUCAUCUCAGAGUAAUGUGGAGGAGAGAAUUAGCAUAUCUAGCAAGAUUUCAAGAAUAUCAGCUUCCUUUGAGAGUCUGGACAAUGAAAGUGACUCGAAGUUAACACACACUGCCAAUUCAAGUGGAACUUCUAGUACAGAAAUCUUGUCUACCUCACCACAACGUUCAUCAACAGACUCACUCACAAGCACACAGAUCCCGGGCGUAUUUAUACGUCAACACUCCCAGAACCAACAUAGGGUAGGGAUUACAAAGCAUCAAGAUCAGUUUCAACAAAGCCAUUACUUGCAGCAAGGGAACCAGGAUUCAGGUUCUGGGCCUUUGUCAUUGGACUCUAGUAUAUCUUUGCAUACAAGGGAAUCAGAUGAACAUAUGCGUAAGGCAUCAAGUGUGGACCAUGUGAGUUAUGUUAUAGGUUCAUGGCAUCCAGUUAAGGAUUCUGAAGUUCCAGACCCUGUUGUUCACAAAACAACAGAAAUCAAACAGACAUUGGUAUCAAAGAAUAUCAGUGCAGAAAUAAAACCAGCUGACAGGGUAUCACCAAAGCAGGCACUACGUUCCCAUUCCUUGCAGGGAGAUGAUGCAGGACAUCCCGUUUCUGGAACUGAUGAAAGUGAACCAGAGGGAGAACGUACACCUCGUCGUCCUCUCAAGAAGGAGCCAAGCAUGAAACGAGUUCCUCCACGUGAAGUAGAACCAGAUCCUGUACCUGAGUUUAUGAGGAUUCAGCUUAAUAGGGUGGAAAGUAAAGGUCAGAGUGUUGUAUAUGAGACAGAGCAAGAGAAAGGUAUUAAAGUUGAUGGAAAAGACAAGGAAAUUCCAAGAAGUCAGGCUGAUCUGUCUGUCAAGGAAACUUCAAUGACAGAAUUGUCUGAUGGUGCUGCAGUUUACAGGUCUGAAUCAAAGGAUGGUAAGUCAUCUUCACUUAACAAGAGAGGAAGCGCUCAGUUCAGUAAAGGAUCACUGAGAGAUGUUUCACCAUCCAGCGGAAAUGUAGAAAUUGUAGAUUCAGAUUCAAAUGUGGAAGGAACCACUCCAGACUCUACUGUGGAACGUGUUGUAUUACGAAAACCUUUAGUGUCUGAGAGAGCGCCACUGAUGGAGCGUGCUAGCUCUAUGUCUAGCCAGGGUACUUCCUCCAAGAAUGAGCAGCCUGAGUUGUUUAAGGUAUUUGCUCGUAGAUCCUUCAAAGUUAAGGAUAUUGAGAAGGAAAAGUCCCAAGAAAGUGAUAAUGAAGAAGAGGAGAAUAUAGAAGAAACAAGCGAAGUAUCAGAGGUCACCGUCAUACCUACUCGAGCUCCUGUUGCCUCACCUGCUUCCCCUAUACCAAGUAAAGAGACAGCAUUGCCUGCAACCUCAAUAUCUCUCACAGCAGGGCAUCAAAAGCCAAGUCUGAACACCAUUUCCUUCAAUCGCAAAUCAGUUGGUAAUCCAGCUCUGGCUUUUUGUCCACCGCCCAUUACAAAUACAUCUACAGCUGCACCUGGAUCACCCAAAGCAACAGUGCUGGUUGUGUCUGGCAAUACCAGCCCACUACCAAUGAGCACAGAUGUAACCAGUAAUGCAGUCAGCACUUCUCGGAAUAUUAGCAACAUCACUACAACUAGCAGCACGAUGAUCAGUAGUAGUGCAAGUCGAAGCAUUACCACUAUCACCACACCAAAUAAUGCAUCAGUCAACAAGCCAGUAACUGCCCCCAUUCACGGUCCCACUGUACGUUCAUCAAAUGCCAUGGUGACAUCAGAGGCUGGGGUUACAGUUACCACUUCCAAUUCAUCCAUAUAUAGUAAGAUCAUCAGUAGAAGUUCAAGUGUAACAGCAACCAAUGAAGUUAACAAAAAUGAACAAGAAAGUGCUCCAGCCACACCACCUCCAGCAAAGCUUUCUGUAUCUGGCAGAUCUGGUUCAAGUAUUGUCUGGCCACCACGUCCACAGCCACAAGAAGAAACCCAGCCUGCGGUACAUUUGUCUCACACCUCACACACCAAUGUUGCAGGACUUCAGUCCAAAAAGGUGUCAAGGAGUCCAUCAUCAGUAAGUGAAUCUGAAGAUGUGAAACCAGCAGAAGUUACUGAGAGUAAAGAAGGGCCUGUAGAAAUAUCACCUCUAGACAUAGGGGCAGCACGACGAAGAUUUAUGAGUGGAGGUAAAGACCGUCCACAAGCACCAGCAACUCCUCCAUCUCAGAAUGUAAGUUCAGUAUCAACUGCACCAGUGCCCUCUUCCCCAGGAACUGUGUCACUGCUGUCUAAACCAUCAUCGGCACCAGCAACAGAAACUCGUAGUGCUGCUCCAUCUUUUACUGUCACUGUACGAACCCAGUCACCUUCAAGUGUUGCUCACACCGAUUCUCAAGCCCCAACUACUGCAGUCACAAACACCUUAGCAGAAAAUACUGUUAAUACUUCUGUGAGUGGUAGCCCUGGCAAAUCUGAACAUGGAGUAGCUCAGCAAGCGGCUGAAGAUUGGAGGGUGCUUGUGAGGCAGCGCAGAGAAGGGAGGCUGAAGCAGAGUAAGACUCCGGACACUGAAGAAAUAAUUAUUGAGACUCGACCACCAGUUUCAAGGAACAGCAAAGUGCUCGAGAUGGCCAACAACUUCCAGAAGCUUCAGGUUGCCUAGCAGAAGUUUUGUCCAGGACGACUCUGGCCGCAGUGAUUAAAAUGAUAGCGAAAAGUCUUUUUACUAUUAAGCGUUGCAAACUACUUGUAUCUGUUGGUAAUUUUCAACCAGGCUAGGUUAUGCACUUGUGAUGUGACUUGUUAUCAUAAAUAUUUCUUUGAGGAUCUUUGUUUGUUUUGAUGUUUUGUAUCUUCUCCUUUUUAUCAUAAGUGUUUACCUACCAUAGCAGUUGCACUGAAUACAUUGAUAUUGGUUUUACACUUCAAUAAACAGUGAUUUUAUAGGAUGGUUACAGUUCUGAAAGUGGCUUGUGGAGUACUGUAAACUCGAAGACAAAAAGUAGGCAAGAAUUAAUUAAGUCUCAAAAGAAUGUGUAUAUCUGGAAUAUGAAUUGAAUUUGCAGUUCUAUUGUAUUUUUCAUUUUCUCAUAAGUUGUGAUAUUAGUAUGCCAUUUUAUUAUUAUUAUUGUUUUUUUCAUUUAUAAAAAAUACUAUUGACUUUUCCCUUUUUUUGCCAGAUGUAAAAGCUACAGGGUUCUAAAUGACAAUAAAUGUAAUGGAAAAAUUAGGAUUGUGAAUUACUCAUUGCUUUAGGAGCAUGAUGUAGGGUGAUACUAGGUUGGACUUGUGAAAGAAGCUGUGUCCUUUUAUUUUGAGCCAUCAUGAAUGUUAUACUGGAAAGCAAGUUGUUAGUAAAUUAAACAACAGAUGUUUUAGGGCCCUCUUAGAUGUGGGGAAGAAGGUACUAUUAAGCAGAAGCUAUAAAUAUUUAUGUAAAUAACAUAUAGAUAUGCCUACCAAAAUGUUACAUAAUAAUAGAACUUUGAAGUGAAGUUGUUUGUGUCAUAACUGCUUGAUGUGAAAAGCAAACAGCUAUGACUAAAGACUUCAAAACUGUGUUGUAAUAAAGCAUUUACAAAGAUCCUUGUUUCAUGUACUGAUGUAAAAAAAAAAAAAAGAUAAGGAUUAUAAGUGUAGCAAAGAUAACAUAUAGAUGCUGUGUAUAUAAUCUGUAAAUAUCUUUUUUGACAAGAAGUAUGUUUAGUCAUAGAUUAUGGGAUAUACAGGUUUGUCAAGGUUCCAAAUGGAUAUAAUAAUUUUCAUUAUAAAGCGGUAAUGUGUAUUGCUUAUGUUUUUUUUCAUUUUUAUUAAAACUUUGUUUUAACUUUCUCUUGUAAAAUUUCUUUUAUUAGUGAACUGUAUAAUUGUAGCUUAUAUAAAAAUGCUAAAUUUCUACAAAUCUCAAUUGUUAGAAACUGUGGAUAAUUUUAUAUAUAUGAAUAUACACACACAGCUAUCUUACAUUUUUAGUAUCAUGACAUUUUCAUUCAGGUUUGUAAUAUACAUAAAUAGUGGAAAGUAACAGCAUAAAACUUUAUACCAAAAAUGUAGGACUAGUUUGAUGAACAAAUUCUAAUUCCCAGUGAUAUAUAUAAACACAAAGUCCAACAAAUGUAAAUAAAUGCUGAGCAUCCAAAUGGCAUUUUCUUAAACUUUGUGAUGUGUUUUACUCUCCAGUUUAGACACUCACAGAAAAAGAACAGAACAUUUUAUUAUAUUUCAUUUACACUUGCAGAGAAAAGGACAUUUGAUCAUAUUCCAUGUAUGUUUUACUACCAUUUGUAGCACCAGUAAAAUAGUAUGAGAUGGUACACACAGCAGUGUAUAUUAGUAUUGAAGGGAACUUGUGGUGCAUUAGUACUGAAGGGAACUUGUGGGAGACUGAGGUUCUUGCACAUUCUGCAAACUAAGUUGCAAAAUGCAUGUCCAGCACCUUUACUGUUUAUCCCCUGAUGCAAGUUUAUUAUUUACUGUAAUACAACCAUAUGCUAUAUUUCUUCACCAAACAGCAUUAAUAAUUUCUUUUACCUGUAUCAGUCUCUGAGCAUAGCUGUCUAUUAUAUUUCCCUUCACAGCCAAGUAAUUCUGUUAGGUUUACCCUUUACAUAUCACAGUUGCUUCACACUUUUCCUUUUUCUCUCUUGUGUUGUGUUCAGUGUUGUUUUAUUUUUUGUAUAGUUUGUAUAUUUUUCCCUUCUAAUUUUCAAAUUUCUUCUACAAUCUCUUCACAAAAUAUUCUACUUUUUUCUUGAUCAUAUCAUAUGGAUAAUUCUGCUCUUUACCCCCACUCUUGUUGAAACUGUUCAGUAAAUUUUAGUAAUUCUACCUACUUUUUCACUAUCCCCGUAGUUCUCCUUUUAAAUGACGCUACAAUUUGCAUCGUUAUCAUACGGUGACUGGUACUUAUGGUUCUAUUUGUAAUCUGCUAAUUCUUUUCUGUGAUAAAAGCAAAAAGUAUGGAAAAAAGUGCAGGGAUUUUUUGGGGCCCGUCAUCAUUAAAACCUCAAUUAAACCAUUUUUGGAAUGUGAUCAGUCAUAAUUUCACUGUUUUUAAAAAUCAUGUUUCAUUUAAAUGGAACUUAUUUUUAGUUUUUAUUUUUUUAGUUAGAAGUGAAUUUACUAUGAAGGAUUGUGUUCAUUUUGAAGAAUGUCUUUAUAUACUUUCUUGAUAUGCUCUUAUUUUCAUUUAGACAUAUACAAUAUCAAGUGCCUCUGUUUGCAAAGUUUUCAUUGCCUUUGUAACAUACAUGUGAUAUUAUUUUCCCAAAAUUAUAGUAUGUAUUCUAAAAGUUGGUCACUGCAGAUCAACUUGUGGUUCACUAUAAUGAUGUACAUUAAAUUAAAUACUUGAUUAUUUAGAAAAAAAUUACAAGUGUGUGUCUACAUUAUGUGCCUUUAAUGUACAUAAACAAUGAAGAUGUGUGUUUAUUAGCCCUGUAUCACAGAAUAAUGUAAAAUGGAUAUUAAUAAAAUCUUAUGGUAAAAAGUAAA